AAAGGUUUACCGCAGGCACAUAAAUCCUUCACAGGCCCAUGACCAAAAACCGAGCGCCUAACAACUGAACAUGAUGUCCUAUUUGAAGCAACCGCCCUACACGAUGAACGGACUGAGCUUAUCUACCUCAGGAGUGGACCUGCUGCAUCCUUCCGUGGGAUACCAAGCAACCCCCCGCAAACAGAGAAGGGAGAGGACGACCUUCACUCGGGCCCAGCUCGACGUGCUGGAGAAUCUGUUCGCCAAGACUCGGUACCCGGACAUCUUCAUGAGAGAGGAGGUGGCCUUAAAGAUCAACCUGCCUGAAUCCAGAGUGCAAGUGUGGUUUAAAAACCGACGGGCCAAACAUCGCCAGCAGGCCCAGCAAACCCAGACUGGCGUGCAGAACAAGGCUGUCAGCAGGCCGGUGAAAAAGAAAGGCUCGCCAGUCCGAGAGGCCAGCUCAGAGAGCGGAGCCAGCGGCCAGUUCACGCCGCCUUCGAGCACAUCAGUCCCGGCUGUGAGCAGCAGUGCUGCUCCCGUGUCCAUCUGGAGCCCUGCUUCCAUCUCCCCGCUCUCAGACCCACUGUCUACCUCCUCCUCCUCCUGCAUGCAGCGCUCGUACCCCAUGACUUACACCCAGGCGACGGGCUACAACCAGGGUUACACGGGCUCCUCGUCCUACUUCACGGGGAUGGACUGCAGCUCCUACCUUUCGCCCAUGCACCACCAGCUCUCCGCCGCAGGCUCUGCCAUGAGCCCCAUGAGCAGCAACGGGGUGUCUAGCCACCUGAGCCCGGCGUCGUCCCUCUCCUCCUCGGCGUAUGGACCAGCGGGGCUCGGGUUCAGUGGCUCUGCAGACUGCCUGGACUACAAGGACCAAACAGCCUCCUCGUGGAAGCUCAAUUUCAACGCGGACUGUCUGGAUUACAAAGACCAAUCAGCGUGGAAAUUCCAAGUGUUGUGAGGGGUACGAAAUAAAUGGACAGCUGUCGUUAACUGCAGACUGUACAGGCAAAUUAAAGCCCAAGGUUUGGAGAGGCAAGUGUGGCGUUUCCCCCCCUCACACACCACCACGACCACAGGCCCUAACUUCUACCUCGGGGCAAAGCAUAGACGAGGACUGGCGGGCGGCUGUCUCGCGUGUUGGGCUAACUUAUUAAAAAUACACUGACUUCUUAACUUUGAUCAAGGGAACGGAACAAAUUUGUUAACCAAAAGUGAGGAAAAGGAUCAAGAGAUCGAAAGAUCCGAAUCCUAACUUGGUUGAGUUUGAGGGACAUGGUCAUGUUUUCUCCUUAGCUACUUAAAGACUCCCUUCUUGUCUUUUUUUUGUUUUGUUUUUAUUAUUAAUUUUGCUGGAUCGCUGAAGAGCCCCUUUGAUGAAAACGCUGCGCAGGAGAACGUGUGCUUGCGCUGUGAGUGAGUGAGAGCAGCUCUGAACAUAAACCUGGAUGCACUAUUUAAUUUAUGAGAAAAUAUGUGGAAGUUACGAGACAAUCAGUCCAUGUGCGUGUGAGCAUAAAAUCCCUGAUGUGUUUAUUUUGCCCUUGUGUCUGUAUUUUUUUUGUACAACCUGUAUGCAAUUGCGCUUUGCGCAAAACCCGUGUGCCACGAGCCAGCUGUGAAUUUGAUAGUUUUUUUAAUGUCUCGGGUGUUGUUGAUAAAUUAUUAUAAGGAGAUAUUAGUUAAAAUAGGGAGUGCACGAUGAAUGAAGCAAGCAGUGAGGAAUUUCACUCGAGCUGUAAAGGGCGGGGGGUGGGGUGGGGGGCAACAAACGAACACACUAAAAUCCCAAUAAA